AUGAAGGCAUCAUCAUCGGCCAAUUGGUGGCUUCAAUUCGACGUAUGCUUUCCGAUGACCUGCUUCACCUUGCCACGGGUCGCCGUCUACCUCCGCUUCAUGAACGCCAAAGUCGACUGUACCGUAAACGACAUCAACCCAACGGAGCAUUCCGAGCGCUUGAUUGAUUACGUCGAACGCUCUUUCAAUGACCCAGUAACGAGAUGGCCGCAACAGCAGCUUCAUCCGGUGGACGUGAUGGCAAUCGGAGAGCUAGUUCACGAAGCCGAGUUGAUAGGCGUUGCAAGAGAAGACCGUCUAAUGGAAGGCAAUGAUGUUGACUUUGUGUUUCCGUGGAAGCUUAGAAACCCAACCGCCCUCAGUGUGGCCCGCGACAAGCUUCCGAUCUUGAUCUUCGAGAUCUGUUGCCAAUGCGUCCUUCGUCAUGGCGAGGUUUUGGACACGGCCGAGGAGACGCGGUUGCUCGAUAGAGUUGCGCGAGUUGUCCACGACGGUGUCUCAAAGCUCUGGGGCAGCGAUGGACGUAUCGAGGCCGUGUGGGCGCAAGGUAGUGACCUGAUCAUGAGACCGGGGGCUUUUCUCCGGUCCCUUGGGAGUUGGCUUUGCAUGGCCCUCGCACCUCGUCUCAGAUACGCUGUGCGUAAGGUGGUCGAAGUUCAAGCCAUUGAUAAUCGACCGUAUGCACUGUGGCCAGAAAGUGUCCGACUUUUGAGUGAGUCUUUGUCAUUGCCAAGCGUGCAAGCUUCCCUCGAGAACCCCGCGGUAUUGUCACGCUCAGCCGCCCUUAUGCAAAGAGGCCUGUACCAUGACGGGAGAUUGGGACCGUUGGAUUUCCGAGAACGUGCCUGGCUCCAGGAUCUAAGCCCGAGUUUGGGCAUUGGUGAUUUUGAGAGGAUGCCUUUAUCAGUAGUCAACAAGCUGGCCAAGGUAGGCCUUCUCCAGUCAGCUCAAGUUGUUGCCUGGCGGGUUCCAUCACCACUCUAUCGCAUCACUUGUGUGGGCGAAGGCGGCAGCGGCGAUCAAGAACUUCUUUUCAUCAAGGCUCCUGGAGGCCUCAGGGCAGUGGCUUCACUGAAAACUAUAUGUCAGCACGAAGAUUGGACUCGGUUGGAUGAAUUCUGCUGGAUAUGGCACAAGCUCUCGGCUGGAGUCCGGCCUCUGGUGGGACUUUUGCGAGUGGGACAAUAUCAGAGUCGACAGCAGUGCCUCCGAUCUUUACGUGGGCUCAGCACGAGGGCCAUGCGGAAAACGCUCCUCGAGCUUCAGUCCUACGACCCCUACCAAGGUUGGUAUCCCAAUAUUUCCUCUUUUAAAUCCUCUGUCAUCAUAUCGUACGCGCCCAAUCAGAUCGGGAAGCCUGGGCCAUGGAAACCCAAGCCUUUUGUGGAGGAGGUUCGGGAUGAGGAAGGAUCGAAGGAAUUCAGGGCCGUCAAAUGGUGA